GACCAUUUGGCCCAUGUUUGUUGGGGAAGGAUAAGCCUGCGGUUCAAAAAACUGGUCAACUGGAUUUGGAUUCCCAGAAACCAGGAAAUUUCUGAAACUGAGUUUUAAACCUGGCAACUCUUUUACCAUCCCUUUGUAUUUUUGCAGUUCCUCCCUAUACCAGCUUCCUUACAGCUGUUCUGAUUUCCUGUCGUAAGAUUUUUUCUUUUCAUUUUCUCCAGGGAGGGUAAAUCAAUAUAACCUCUUCUCUAGAGAGGAGGUGGUUAGGUUGGUCUUAAGCGGUGUUAGAAGAUCUAUUUUUUUUCAAACCAGGUGUCUGAGCUGGGUGAAUUCCAGCCUGGGGAGAGGACUUUGAUCACCAGAUGUUUUUUUGGUGUGCGUGCUGUCUUAUGGUUGCGUGGCGGGUUUCUGCUUCAGAUGAGCACUGUCCAGAACUUCCUCCAGUGGACAAUAGCAUAUUUGUCGCAAAGGAGGUGGAAGGACAGAUUCUGGGGACUUACGUUUGUAUCAAGGGCUACCACCUGGUAGGAAAGAAGACCCUUUUUUGCAAUGCCUCUAAGGAGUGGGAUAACACCACUACUGAGUGCCGCUUGGGCCACUGUCCUGAUCCUGUGCUGGUGAAUGGAGAGUUCAGUUCUUCAGGGCCUGUGAAUGUAAGUGACAAAAUCACGUUUAUGUGCAAUGACCACUACAUCCUCAAGGGCAGCAAUCGGAGCCAGUGUCUAGAGGACCACACCUGGGCACCUCCCUUUCCCAUCUGCAAAAGUAUUCCACAGACUCGUCCUCUUCCCUUCCCGCCAUGUUCUCCCCUAUUUCUUUUUCUUUUGAGACAGAGUCUUGCUCUGUUUCCCAGGCUGGAGUGCAGUGGCAGAAUCUUGGCUCACUGCAACCUCCGCCUCCCAGGUUCAAGCGGUUCUCAUGCCUCAGCCUCCCAAGUAGCUGGGAUUACAGGUGCGCACCCACGCUGGGCUAAUUUUUGUAUUUUUAGUAGAGACUGGGUUUCACCAUGUUGGCCAGGCUGGUCUCAAAUUCCUGACCUCAGGUGAUCCACCCCCUUCAGCCUCCCAAAGUGCUGGGAUUACAGGUGUGAGCCACUGCUCCCACCUUCUCCCCUUUUUCUGAUACUCUCUUUGAUAUAGUUUGGAUGUGUAUUCCUGCUCAAAUCUCAUAUUGAAUUGUAAUCUCCAGUGUUGGAGGUGGUGCUUGGUGGGAGAUGACUGGAUCAUGCGGGUGGAUUUCUCAUGAAUGGUCUAGCACCAUCUCCCUAGGUACUGUCCUCAUGACAGCGAGUGAGUUCUCAUGAGAUCUGGUUGUUUAAAAGUGUGUAACGCCUCCUCCCUCUCUCUCUUGUUCCUGCUCCUGUUA